AUGCUAACCGUGUUAUGUUUUCAACAACUUAUAGAUUCUAAUAAUCAAAUGGAUUCUGCGAUACCAAUAAAGAACUAUUGCGAUACACUUAAGCAACAAGGUCAAACCAUCUCAAUAACACAAUUAAAAUUGUUGUUUGGUACUAUUGUUGAUGAUUUAAAUAAAAAUAACCGCCUAUGUAUAAAUCAAGUAAUAUCUACAAUAGAUAAUAAUGUUGAUGUGUCAAAAUUAGCUGAUGGAACAUUAGUGAAUCAUGAACUUAUUUUAUUAAUUCGUGAUACAUUCAUAUCACUUUUAAACAGUAAUGAAGACAAUAACAAUAAUGUUUUAGAACAAACAAAGAUGAUUAAAAUAUUGUUUUUAAAUACAUCAUUUAUUGAAACAAUCAAAAUAGCUCUCGUUACUAUAGCUACAAAUGGUGCGCAACAUAAUAUCUUAUUAACACUAGAGAAAUUGAUAGAUGGAUUAAAAAUAUCGCAAAUUAAACAAAUAGACUUACAAGAUGAUGACGUGUUAUUACAAUUAAUUGAACCAAUUUUGAAUAUUACUGACUCUAUUCAUUAUUACAUAUCAUUCAAUGAUCAAAUACGUCGUGAUUAUUGUAUCCAACAUUCGCUAUUACUUGAUUAUAUCAUAAACAUAUUAACUUGUAAAACAUUUGUAAAUGAAAUGAUAGUGAAAACAUUUAGUAAUAAUGUUAUUACCCCAUUAAUGGUUUAUGCUCUUGUCUAUUUAUACGGUCUCACAUUCGAUGUGACACUUUUAACACUUAUUAAAGACAAACAAUUGACAAUGGAUAUUUUAAAUUCAGCAUUGACAAAUUGUAAAAGUAUACAAUUCGAUGCUUAUCGAACAUUAGCAAUGAUAAUGAAUGAAAAUGAUGUCAAAACACUAUCAAAUUCAGCAGAAAUAAUAAAAUUAUUUAUUAACUAUAUUAAAUUAUAUAUUGACAAUUUAUUGCGAGAAAAGUUACAACAACGUGUAUUAGAAAUCUUAUGGUCAAUGACAUUCAAUGAAAAAGCUGCAAAUAUAUUGACAAAUGAUCAACAUUUCAUGAAACAUGUUAAAUUACUAUCAACAACGUCGAAAGGUGUACAAAAAACAGCUGAAGGUAUUAUAUGGAAAUUGGAGAAAAAAGAUGAACAUCAUUCUACACAAUCAUUACCGAAUAAAUAUAAAUAUGAUGUUAUGAUAAAUUAUUCACAUACUGAUAAAAACUUAUGUUAUCAAAUACACGAACGAUUGGUUAACGAUAAAUUUUGUGUAUUGUUUGACCGAGAUCAUUGUUAUGGUUCACAUAUGCAAGAAAUGGCAAAUGCAAUUGAAAAUGCCGAAUUUGUUUUAGUAUGUAUGUCGGAUAGUUAUAAACAAAGUGCAUACUGUCAAUCAGAAGCACAUUAUGCUUAUGAAAGACAAUGUCGACUAAUACCAUUGAUUGUUAGAGAAAAAUAUCGCCCUGAUGGAUGGUUAGGAUUUAUUAUAAGCGGAAAAAUCUAUAUUGACUUUCCAGAAUUCAGUCAGUUUGAUGAAGCCUAUCAAAAGUUAUUAUCGGAAAUUAAUUAUCAUCGAAAAAAUCAAAGUCAGACAACUAAACAUCAACCAAUAACUCAUUAUACAUCAAUAACACCACAGGAGUCUUCAAAAUAUACAGAGGGCAAUCCAGGAAUAGUGGCGGAGCGAGUCAAUAAUAGUCGUGAUAUAGUUAUACCAAUUGAGCUCGACAAUUUAUUAUCACAAGCGACAAUGAAGCCGAUUCGACAAGAGAAAACAAAAAUAACGUACGAUCAUAUAAUUAAUGCAUCGUCCACAAUCAUGGGAGAUAAUGAGAAUGAUUUUUAUAUGAAAAAAAUCAAUCAAUUAUCCACGAAAGUGAAUCAACAAGCCCAACUGAUUAAGGAACGAGAUGCUGAAAUUAAACGAUUGAAAUCAACUUCCAUUGGAAUGCUUACUGAUGAAGCUGCUCGAGAGUAUAUCUUAUUCUUUGCCGAUCAAGUUCGACAACAGACAACAGCAUACAAGUUCAAUGGAAAUCUGGGAGCCGAUACCAAACGUCUGGAGUUAAGUCUUGAACAAAUUAAUGAAGUGUUGAAUGGAAAAGAAUUUAUAGAACGAUAUUUUGGCCAAGUCACUCCGAAAAAAGUUCAUACAAGUCUUGUCGGAUGUCUUCGAAAUCAACGCGGCACACAAAAAAAGCAGCAACAACAAGGCGGUGCACAUGAUGGCGAUGAAAAAGAUUCUGAUGGUGUUAAACAGAUAGAUAAUGCUAUUGAAGAUGAUAAUAGUCAUGGAUUUUAA